AUGGCAGAUUACAAUGAUUACCUGAUAGCUUUCACUCAAGUAUGCAGAUUCUUCAAUGCAUUCGCGCCAUCUACAAAAUUAUUUAUAGUGCCACUUACAUCUUGUCAACAGAGGUUUGAUUUUUUUGAACUAUCUCCAACUGUUUAUAAAGUUAAUGAAAAAGUUAUGGAACUUUUAAACUUAAUUUAUUCAAUUAAUGUAGACGAAUUACCAGAAGAGUCUCUUUCAAUGUAUUAUCAAUUGAAAGAUCAAACUGAAUUCCAAUUUGGAAAUUUUAUACAAUAUCUAAAUAAGUACUUAUAUUGGAUUAAUAAAGAAUGGCCUGGUUUACUUAAAUCGUUAGAUUCUAUUGCAAUCAAGUAUCGAACUUAUCUCAACCUAAAUUUCAUACAAAGAUUUUCAUACAAAUCGAAAGAAAUAUAUCCAAUAAUAAAAAAAUUUUGUCGUGAACUAAGAGUUGAUUUUAAUGAGUUUUCUAAUGGUGUUGAUGAGGUCUAUUGUGAUUUACUCGAUUUUGGUGUAUCAGUUCUUAAAACAAUUUCCAGUGUAAAGAAAUUGAUUUCAAUUGUCAAAGAAAAUCGAAAGCAACAAAUCUUUCAAACUUACAAUGAUCAAGAUAAUCCAAAGGAAGAAUUUAAAUACCUGGAGAAUCGAUCUUAUCUUAAGUCACUUCAAUUUGAAACAUUUCAUAAAAGACCAUAUUCUGGUAUUCCUAAUAUAUUCUAG